ACGAGCUGUGCGCCUUCUGGUCUCCGUCCUCGGCCCUGGACUUGAGGAUUGAAGGCGGUGGUCUGGCCUGACCUUAUUUAGGGGGAGAGUUGGGGAGCGUCUGUCCGAUUUUCCCGCGGGGACGGGGUGCCCUGGGGCGAGUGGUGUGUGACUGCCGCUCACUUAGCAUUUGGGGCCAGCUGCUAGUUGCCGUUAGCAUUCUUCCCCUCUGCUCUCCCCGACAUUCAUCUUGACGAUUUUUAAUUCCCCAUCCGCAUUUCCAGACAUCCCCAGGGUGUGCUGUUUUGUUCUGGUCAAUAGACCUCAUUCACAGAGAGUUCUAAAUACGGAACUUUGUGGAUAAAAGUCUUCCUGUUACAGAUCGGGGUGCCACAGCACCUUACUGAUUAAGGAAGAGGACCUCACUUAGAGCUAAUAUAUGGAUGGUGAUUUCUUCUCAUUUUAGAGGGCUUUAAUGACGCGGAAAUGUAAAAGCCUUCCUUGUUAAUCAGAUGUUUAUACAAUACUCAAGAAAUUAAUGUCCAAGUCCUAAUGUUGAAAUUUAAACCCGUCUCCACUCGUUCUCACCUCCGUGGCCUGGAGAAUGGUGUCCCGUUGUGCCAGCGUUCUGUAAAAUCUGUGGGGUUUUAUUUAGUUGUUGUUCAAAAAACCGUCCCUUGCUUUCCGUGAUAUACUAGUUAAGUAUGCGUCUCUUUUUACUUCAGGGGAAAUGCUCUUUCUAAACCUCGCAAGUUAUGAGGUGUGGACGUUAUUAAUUGCUGAGCCUAUUUGGGGCCAGGUUAAAUGUAAGAAUUGUGAUGUGUUCACUGGUUUUGCGGGGUCUGUUCAGUCUCCCUGAGACCAGUGAUGUGCAAGGUGGUGGUGGUUGUUGUUUUACUCUUCUCCAGGAAAACGUUACUUGUUCUUUGUUCGGUUAGAUUCUUUCUCUGCUCCAGAUUUAGGUAGACGAUGAGCAAUGGUGUGGGAUAGUUGGGGCAGAGACAACAGUGUGAUUUUUUUGAGGUGAUUUUUAAGCCAUUUCCUUCAAAAGGAGCAUCUCACACUGGGAACUGUUGUAAACAUCGAACUUGUGUGUUCUCAAUCUCAUGGUUGUCUAUUGUUGUCAUUUUAAAAAUGAGGAAACCGAGGCUGAAGGAUUAAGUAGCUUCCUGAAACCACGUGUGUGGAAACGGAGAGGGUGCACUGUUUCGGGGUGUCUCUCCGUGUGACUUGGAACUUUGUUCUUCACCUCGUGUCCGUCUUAAGCUUACUGAGAGCCCACCCUAAAUGACAUUGUGCUCUUUGUCCCUGGGGAGUGUUAUUUGCAAAAGGUUGUCAUUUUAUUUGGAUUCUUUUCUCCUUGGUAACUUGUAAGUCACUGCUCACAGACUUGAUAAUCUUGUUUGAACUCCAAUUUCCUGCUAACCUUUCCCAGGGAGGGAUUUUGAAACUUUUUGUAAUUAAAUAAAGAUAUACUUUGUGGCUUAUUUUUGGUAUUCCUACUUCUGUUUAACAAAUAAUUGUGGGGCGCUUGUGCACGCCAGGCCCUGAAGAAAGAUUUUAAACCCUGGUGGUCGUGAGAGGAAGGCCUGAAUGCUGGGAAGUGUCUUUAUCGUAUGUCUUCCUGAAUCUCAGGUGUAUUAAGGUUCUAAGGGAGAGUCUGUGUGAAAAUGUGCAAAACGCUUCUUCAGGAAGCCACAAAGAUUUAGAAGAUGAGGCCUCUUAGGAUGGAUCAUCACGAGGAAGAUCGUACAUGUAACUGGCUGCUUAAAAUGCAGUGCCCUCUGAACUUACCACCUCAUGACGCUGGAGGGCCUGAAGACACCCAGAUUUCCACACAGCAUCACAGGCACAUGUAAUCUGAGAAUUUGUUCCUUUUGCAUAUCCUUCUGGUAGUAGUUAACUGCGUUUUCAAUGCCAUUAAACCUUUAUUUUUUGCAUAAUGAAGAAUGUUUGAGCUGAUAAAUCCACGUAAUGAAAUAGUAAAUAAUACAUUUUUAAUAAAUAGUGAGAAUCUUGUUUCUGCAUGAAAUAUAUUGUGCCCUUAUUCAUACAUAGGAACUAGGCCCCAGACAAAUUGGAUGGUUAACCUAUCCAAAUUUUGAUUUCCUUUUCUGGCCAUAUGGCAGAUAAAAUGUGCAAAGAAGCCAUUUGUCAUGUAAAACACUUAAAUGCAGGAUAAAAUAUAAAAAUGUAUAUAUUUUAAAAAGCAUGCCUGGACUUCACUGUAAGUUAAGGAAAAUAAUCAGAGGCCAGAAAUGAGGAGAGAUGGUGAUACCAUAGGGACAUGUAGAUAUGACACUUAACCUUAAGGUUACUACCUGUUUCUAGUCACCUAGCGUCUGGCCAUUAACUUGUGGUGCAUAUUCUGAAUAGGAGACAAAAUGGCAAUGCCUGAGUAGGGUGAGAAUCAGAUCAAAAAGUCAUAUUAAGUCACUGAUGUCACACAUAGCUAGUAGAUGGAGAUGUGAUUGCUUGGGCUUGGUUCUGCAUACGGUGAAGGGCUUAUUUCCAAGAGAGUUCUUACCAGAAAUUCUUCAUCAUGCAGAUUCAAAGCUGGAAUGCAUUAUUUGUAUGACACAAGCCAAAAAUGUAUUUUACAAAUGUCCCAGGUGUGACUGCACAGAAAAGUUACAGAACAAAUUUGACUUUUUGCGCUCACAGUUGAAUGAUAUUUCUUCGUUUAAGAAUAUCUACAGAUAUGCCUUUGAUUUUGCAAGGGAUAAAGAUCAGAGAAGCCUUGAUAUCGACACCGCUAAGUCUAUGCUCGCCCUGCUGCUUGGAAGGACAUGGCCGCUGUUUUCAGUGUUUUACCAGUACCUGGAGCAAUCGAAGUAUCGUGUUAUGAACAAAGAUCAGUGGUACAAUGUGUUAGAAUUCAGCAGAACCGUCCAUGCCGAUCUUAGUAACUACGAUGAAGAUGGUGCUUGGCCUGUUCUUCUCGAUGAAUUUGUUGAGUGGCAGAAAAUCCGUCAGACAUCAUAGCAAGAGCUCUUGCGGAGAAAAUGCAAACCUUCUGAUGCCCACGUGUGUACAGGCUGAUGAGAGGAGAAAUCCAAAGGCUGCAUUUUCCUUCAUGUGAAAGACUUCUCCUAGUACUUUGUUUUCCUUUUUUUUAAAAGGAAGUUUUCUUGUUACAUGUGAUGGGCAUUGAGCCACACCUCUUCUGAGACUGAGUAUCCAAGUUUUUGUUUUGGGUUAUGUUUAUAACAUUUAUUUCAGAACAAUAAAGAUUCAGAUUUGUGACAAAGGCCUUAAAGUGAAGAUGUCCCUUGAGUGUCAGAGUGGUAUUUAUUUUUGUAAAUUUUAAUUCUUGAAUUUUAGAGGAUCUUUCUUGCCAUGGAUUUGGAAUUUUAAAGAUUCUGAACAACCUUAAUAUCUGGGAGUGUGGCCUGCUGAUAGUACGGCUCAUGUAUUCAUCUGUCCACUGUUAGGAAGAAUGUUGGCUUCACCUCUGGGAUGAUGAUUUUCUGAUUCAGCAAAUAAAUACAUUUCUGGAUAUUGGGCGUUCUCCA